AUGGGAAUGGAAAACAUUUCAGUGUCAUCUGGUACUUGUGCCACCUAUCAGCUCACGCCAAACAAAGUCAAAACCAUCCAAAGCCAAGGCAGUGCAGCAAAAGGUAAAUCCAAUCCAACAAUUGCAGUCCAAGAUGUUUGGGAUUUCGCACGCCAUGUGGCAGCUCUAUUUCUUGUGGACAGUGGAGGGGUCUUGGUGCCAAGCCCUCGACAAUACCUGCAGUGGGCAGCGCCACAAUCUGGUCAAACAGGCGUGCCGCCAACUCUCAACGGCAAGGGGAAACCUGCACGCUUUUUGGAUUGGGAUGGUGAUGGCGACACUGAUGCUUUGGUCAAAGACGGAGACGGCGGGAUUUGGCUAUAUGAACGGCUCGCCAACGACACUUUUGACAAACAGGCGCUGGUGAUGUUCACACCUGUGGAAGGGCAAACGCAAAGUGGUUUUGAAGUUGUUGAUUGGAACAGUGACGUGGGCAGUUUUAGGCACUACGACAGCCACAACGUGGCCACCACCUUCACUGGUGGGAGGAAACCCUCGUGCAAAGGGCUCGAAUUUAAGCAAGAAGAGAUCCAGGGAGACAAGAUCAGUGCGUUGGUUGCGCGGUGGAGGUUCUGGGAGCUGGCAACCUAUAGUGGGCAGAGCUUCGCAGAGCAACAUGGUGAAGGAGGAGCAGAGUGGAGCGCCAGGAGGUUCUAUCCAAAGCUUUGGAAGAUCGAGGCGAUGGCGGAAGAGAGUUUGAGACUCAUCUCAACAGCCUUGGAGAGGCUGCAGGUGACACAAAGCACUCAGGCCUGGGCAGACUGUGGUGGUGGGGGCACUUCAAACACCACGUCGGUGAAGAUGGUGCGCAUUACUACACCCCCUGAUGCCCCAUACGGUGAGGUUUUUGACUUGACUACGCCCCGGACAGCUGCAGACAACCAGUCAGUUGAGUGUGGAAGUGAGGAGCCAGAGGAUGAAAUGUUCUAUGAUUGCUUGGAACCAACAGUCUGGGCACUUCAAGGAGGCCCCAUCGUUGCACUGGAUCUACAACAGGUGGAAACUGAAGAGACCGCUUUUUACAUGAUCCAGAUGGUCAGCGUGCCAGAAAUGGAGGAAAAAAAAUGCCAGGUGACGCUCGACAGUGGAGCUGACCUUUUCCCCACCGGGAUUGGGGUCAACACCACGGGCAACUUUUCUUUCUUGGGGGCGGCCAUUGGAAAUGAGGCAUAUUGCAAUCGCCACACAUUUUCGACACGAGUUGAGCCGGCCAAGCCAUGCCUCCAAGCCUUGGCCGAUCUCCCAGAUGCCCAGACGGCGAUGCUCCUCCUCCGGCAUUGCCAGUCUCACGUCAAACUCACCCACGCCAUGCGGGUCACGCCCCCUCACGGCCAUGGCCCAGCGCUUCGAGCCUUUGAUGAGCAGGUGCAAGCCUGCCUCGAACAAAUUGGGGGGCUGCCCUUGACCCAGAACACCUGGCUACAAGCCAAUCUCGCUAUCAAAGCUGGCGGGCUGGGUCUUCGCAGCACUGCCUUGCAUGCCCCUGCGGCCUACAUUGCGUCCAUCACCCAUCUUGCUGCCUCGUGCACGGAGCUUGACCCUACCUAUCGGGUGGUGCCUCCCCCGGUCCACCAGGCUUUGACCUCAUACAACCAAGUUGUUUUGCCUGAGGACCAAAUCCACUCGUUGGCCCCGUCCUACCAACAACGGGACUUGUCGGCCACCGUGGACAAGGCGCAGCAGGCGCACUUGAUAGCUGCCACCACUGGCGAAGCAGCCAAAGGCCACCUCCAACUGGUCCAACAACCCGGGGCCGGAGCGUGGCUCACUGCCCUACCAGCUGACAAUCUCGGCCUUCGCAUCAACACCCAUUUGUUCCGAGUUCUCCUCCGACUGAGAUUGCGCCUUCCCAUUGCACCGUCCGACGGCUUUUGCCCUCUUUGCGAUGGGGUGGCGGAUUCCUUUGGGACCACGCUCGAGUAUGCCCAUUUGGCUGCCGCUGGCCUCAGCCCAGAGCUAGAGAAACCUGGCUUGCUUCCUGCUCGGCCGGAAGAUUCGGGCCUAUGCGAAGCUGGAGUGUCGUUGAACCAGGCUUCCGCACGUCGACCUGCCGACGUGUGGGUUCCAGGCUGGGGGCUCCAUGGCCCGGCUGCCUUCGAUUUUGCAGUUUCCAGCGGACUUCGCUCUGGCGUGCUCCCUUCUACUGUUGGCCAUGGCGGCCAUGCUGCGCUGGUUUACGAGGAGCGUAAACGCAUGCACCAACGAACCGAAGCCCAGUGCCGGGCACAAGGCUUACAGUUCUUGCCUAUAGUUGCCGAAGGAUGCGCUGGGGGUUGGGGGCCCACGGCCAUGGCUGUCUUCCGGCAAUUGGGGAGCUUCCUCGCUGCUCGAACCGGUGACUCCACCAGCAAGAUGACUGAGCAAUUGAUGCAAGGUUUGAGCAUCACCUUGCAACGGGAAAAUGCCAGAGCCGUCGUCCGCCGCCUCCCCGACGACUCUGCUUCCUUCAACGCUUUGUCCGAGCCAUGA